UUUUCCCUGGUCGCCCUCCAGGGUCCCGCGGAGCGCUCCACCAUCCUCCCCACGACGUGCUGCCCCGCGCCCGCAAGCAUGUGCCGCACCCUCGCCACCUUCCCCAACACCUGCCUGGAGAGAGCCAAAGAGUUCAAGACACGUCUGGGGAUCUUUCUUCAUAAGUCAGAGCUGAGCUCCGAGUCUGGGAGCCUUGGCAAGUUCGAGUGGGCCAGUAAACAUUGCAAAGAGAGAAGCUUUUCAGAAGAUGUGCUGGGAUGGAGAGAGUCUUUUGAUCUGUUGCUGAGCAGUAAAAAUGGGGUGGCGGCCUUCCACGCCUUCCUGAAGACGGAGUUCAGCGAGGAGAACCUGGAGUUCUGGCUGGCCUGCGAGGAGUUCAAGAAGAUAAGAUCAGCCGCCAAACUGGCCUCCCAGGCUCACCGCAUCUUUGAUGAAUACAUCCGAAGUGAAGCCCCUAAAGAGGUGAACAUAGAUCACGAGACCCGGGAGCUGACCAAGACAAACCUACAGGCAGCCACUGCCAGUUGCUUCGAUGUGGCUCAGGGGAAGACCCGCACCUUGAUGGAGAAGGACUCCUAUCCGCGCUUCCUCAAGUCCCCUGCUUACCGGGACCUGGCUGCCCAAGCCUCCGCCACCUCCUCCCCUGCAUCCAGCAGCAGCCCCGCUGCUGAGCCUUCACACACUUGAGCCCUCACAGCAAGAGAGAAGCCAGUGGGAAGAGAGGUGGAGUCCCAUCCCUGAAGCAGCUGCCCCGCCUGGAGCCUGGAAGGCGGGUCCUGCCCAGCAAGUGCGAGAGGACAGUGAAGGGACGAUGGUCCCUGCAGCCUGGGUGUGAAGAACUCCCUCUCCUCCAGAUAACCGUGGUGGGCUCAGUGUGGGAGGGGCUCCUCACUUCCUGCCAGGACCUGGGGCUGAGGGCUGACAAUGAGGCUGUGUGGGGUGUGUGGGGAAGGGAGGAAUGGUGGCACAGCAGGGAUGUUCCCCUCAUUGAGGUACACACAAAGGAAUGCGGGGGUGGCUGGGGACCUUGAGAGCAGGAGCCGGAGAGAACCAAAGCAGCAAGACAGUUGGGUCUGGUCCAGUCUUGAUUUCCUCGUUCCUGGACUGGGCCUAGAGAAAGCCGUGUUUGCGGAGCCUUCCUCUCCUUCCUUCGCCUUCCCAAGACAUCCAACAUCCCUUAGCUUAGGCUUCUUAACAUUCCUGCAGUCUCAACAGGGGGUGUUUAUGAGUCAGUAUGAUUCUUGCCCCAAGUGACAUUUCUAUACCUCAAAAAACUGGCCUGUGAGCCCCUUUCCAGGUCAGUGAUGAGCCCUGAAAAGCCAUUUUGCUCAUGUGACCCUAGGCUGGGUGCUCUUGGCGGCCUUCUGUGGGUGGCCCCCUGACCUUACAUUUGCAGCAGAGUCUACCUGUGAACAGGGCUGACUGAGGAGCCUCCCUGGGCUCAGUGAUGCCUUGGAAGAUAGAGUCUAAGAGGAGGCUUGUGGGAGGAAGGACGCUUUGGGCACCGGAGCUAGUACUCAUGUCCAGCAACUGAGCAAGGCAGAGAAGGUCAAAGAAAAUCCAUCUGUAGGAGGAACCCGAAAGCCCAGCUGAAAUCAAAUCAGUUCUUUUUUGUGCAUAUGAGAAUGGGAACAAGAGAUGCCCUCCACCCCCACCCCUGUGGAAGGGGAGCCUUGUGUUCCUUUCCUGUAGACAAGAGAAGCCCACUGGAGUUAGGGGAGAGAUAGGCUAGGGACCAAGAAAGCUCUGGAGCAGACAAUGGCCGUGCAGCCAGGGGUUGGGGUGGGGAGCUUGGAAGGGUAGGGCCCAUCACCUCUGGGUGUUACUGAACAAACAUUCCCAGUCCGGACUUCCAGCACCAGAGACCGAGAAGGCAGUGGAGCCCCGGGUCGCCAACACGGUUCUCUCUGCACUUGAGGCUUCUCCAGGAAAAAACUCUUUUUUAAGUAUAGUACAUUGUUACAUUGUGUUUUGCUGACAGACACAGCUGCCUUCGUCCCCCUGUUAUUUAUUGAGAUUUGUUUGCUUGUCUUGGAGAAGCUCAGUGGGAGCUGCUGCCUGACUGAGCCUCUUCCCCGCCAGACUCUACCUCUGCAAGCCACUGAGGGCUGCCGGGGAACACCCCGCCGUUUUAAUAUUUAUUUAUUGUUAAAAAAGGGAGCUGGGUUCCUUGAUCAGCAGUGUCUGUAAUCCCUGUUUUUUUUUUUUUUUUUUGUUUGUUUGUUUGUUUGUUUGUUUUCUGUUUGAGCAUGUUAUAUUCUUGUAAAAAAACAAAUGAAAAUAAAAC